AUGCUGGCCCUCAUAGUCAGCGUCGCGCGGCGACUCUGCGCGCUUCUGAUCAGCCUGGUCACUUCCAUCGUCCUGUACCGACUCUUUCUCCAUCCCUUAGCCAAUAUCCCGGGUCCGAAGCUCGCGGCCAUUUCCAAUGUAUGGUAUGCGUAUCAUGCUCGUAACGGCCGCAUGUUGCACCUGGGAAAGACCCUCCACCAGAUCUAUGGACCCAUGGUUCGAGUCGGACCCAAUGAGGUAUGGUUCAAUAGCAAGGAGGCCUUUUCCAAAAUCUACAGUGCUACACAGGGCUACGAGAAGUCGGACUUUUACUUAGCGACUGCUCUCAAUCGUCCCAAGUUUGACAGAUGGUGGAAUCUCCGGUUCCCAGACAGUCUCGAUCUGCUCUCCGAGAGGGAUAUGGAACGAUACAGGCUGCAACGAAGAACGAUUGGACCGCUCUACUCAAUGCAUAACAUACAAAAAUAUGAAGCUGCUAUUGAUGAUGUCCUGAUCAAAGUCGUGGCUCAGCUCCAGGGCCUGCACAGUGCCCCCGUGGACCUCAAAAUGUGGAUGCAUAUUAUUACUGUAGAAUGUCUUUCUGCCGCGGUGCUGUCUUAUUCACCGGGCUAUCUCAAAGCUAAGAGUGACUACGGCAGCUCCAGCCACGCGUAUUUGAACUGGCGACGGAAAAGUGUGUUUGGCCUCUUCACUUGGGCUGUCCUUGCGGAGAGCCACUUCAAAGCUUCUGGGAGAUGCUUUUCCAGCGUCUGGCGACUGACCUUUCGCACUCCAGCCCCGUUCAGGCCCUUUUUCACAUCAGUCUACUCGAAGAUCACCAAGCGAAUCACAGCAGCACUUCGCCCGAAGCCACAGAGAGAUGACCGGACUGAUCUGAUGGCCGACUUGAUCCAAUUGCAUAUGGACAAGCCCGAGUUCAGUCUGACAUAUUUAAAGCGGAUGGCCAUGACAAACUUUGGUGCUGGUCAUGAGACGACAACGUCUGCACUGAUCUCUGCCGUCUCCAUGAUUGCAUCUCGUCCCGGCGCUCGAGAUCGCGUGCGGGCGGAGUUGCCUCGUCCUACCUCGCAUGGCAACACCAUGAUUCUUCCAUAUGCUCAUGCUGCUGGCUUGUCAUACACGCAAGCUGCUAUCAAAGAAGCGCAGCGCCUGUAUCCUGUUCUGGGUAUGAGCCCAUCCAGGGCGGUACCGUCCGGCGGACUCUACGUCCAUGACACCUACAUCCCGCAAGGUACUCGAGUGGGUUGCAAUCCAGUAUCUCUGCACCGUAAUUGGGAAAUAUUUGGAGAUGAUGCCGAGGAAUAUCGACCGCAGCGAUGGCUUCCAGAAGACGACGACAACAAGAACAACAACAACAACACCAGAGAUAUGGAACGAUACAAUUUGACCUGGGGCGGUGGUGCCAGAACGUGUCCGGGACGUAAUCUUGCGCAGUUGAUCCUGUACAAAGUUGUACCGACGCUGUUCCAAAACUUCCAUGUGGAGGUCGACGUGCCUUUGGAUGAAAACAUCACGUACUACUUUAUGGCUAUGCUGACGGGUGUCCAGGUGCGGUUUCUGCCCCGAUCCGAU